AUGGACCCGCCGUUUUUACUUCUUCUCACCGUCUCAUUUGUUGUAUGUGGCCUACUCGAGGUGACCGACUUCAGCAUGAGUAGCCAGAAGGGUUUCGACAUCCAUACCGAUCCGGACCCCAGCGCGGGAAUGGAGAUCGGUCAGAGCGGCGAGAAAGAAUCACGUUACAAAUAUACGACAAUCACCGGAUACUUCCUUCAAGACGAUCCUGCCACCGAUCCAUUCGGGUUCGACUUCACCAAGACCAACUUUGGUUUGAUCGACCGACCCUAUGAUUCUGACACCAGUCUUCCAAACAACGGGCGGGAGCUGACAGGCUGGCAGAGAUUCGAGCAUCAUAUCUCCAAAUUGAACCAAGACGCCCAAAAGACAAGAGAUGGAUCUGGAAAAUCAGCAGAUGUGUCAUACAAACUUCUCUUCCUUGGCCGCCAUGGAAAUGGGUUUCACAAUGUUGCUGAACGUUACUACGGAAAUGUCGCAUGGGAUUGUUACUUCUCCGCGCUUGAUUCCGACAAAGAUAAUGUCAUGACAUGGUCUGAUGCACAUCUCACAAAAGAAGGUAUUCGCCAGGCCCAGGAGGCAAACAAGUUCUGGAAACAUCAAAUCAAAGCCGAACGAAUCAGCCUUCCCCAAUCCUACUAUGUCAGUCCUCUGGAUAGAGCCCUCGAAACAGCAAAUGUCACGUUCGGUGAUCUGCAACCUGACGGGGCUGCCUUUCGCCCAAUCGUCAUGGAGAGAGCUCGCGAAGGCUCUGGUAUCCAUACAUGUGACCGUCGGAGCUCAGUGACCUACAUCAAGUCUCGGUUUCCAACUUUCAUCACCGAUGCUGAUCCGCUCCUGACCGAAGAUGACACCUAUUGGGAUCCUGUUUACCGGGAGACGAACGAAGCCUUGACGAUUCGACAGGCAAAACUUUUGGACAGCAUUGUCACCAAAGACAAGAAUGAGAGAAUCAGCAUCACAGCCCACUCAGGCGCCAUAGCUAUGUUCUUGCACGCUAUUGGGCAUCAGAAAUUCGGCCUGGGCACUGGCGCUGUCAUUCCUGUUCUCGUCAAGGCUGAGCCAUUGAGUCAGCCAGCCGAUUUCAUCGAUGAUCGAGACAAAUGGCAAACAAUUCCGAAGUGUCCUGUGGGUCUCGACCUGGAAACAGUUGGCGUUCAGCGAUGGAAGAUGGGUUUGAAGGAGUUCUUGGCUGGUGUUGAAAAUGGGACUCUUCAAAUCGAGGAAAUGGCUUUCAAGGGCCGACAUUGA